AAAAUAUUCCCCUUUCCAUGCUUGCGGUCUGUAGUCCUGAUUGCUUGUUCUAAAGCACAGUACAACAAUUUAUAUAUUUUUUUCUUUUUAAGUAUCUUAGAAGUUGCAUUUCGUGGUCAAAAAUGAUUAAAGAAGAAGAUAAUAAAGGUGCUGUGGAUGAACAGACGCAGUCAAAGAAAGCCCUCAAGAAACAACAAAAGGAGGCUGAGAAAGCUGCCAAGAAAGCAGAAAAGCAGGCCAAGGCAGCUGAACAGCAAUCCGUGGAUAAUGAGGACUUUGCAAAGGACAGAUAUGGGGUCACUGCAAUGAUUCAGUCACAAGAACAUAUAGAGCGCGUAAUGGUCCGAGUGAAUGACCUAACAAAAGAAAAAGCUGAACAAACUGUUUGGGUUCGGGGUAGAGUCCAUACAAGCAGAGCUAAAGGAAAACAGUGUUUCUUGGUUCUGCGUCAACAGCAAUUCAAUGUCCAGGCACUUGUGGCGGUUGGAGAUCGUGCAAGCAAGCAGAUGGUAAAGUUUGCUGCCAAUAUCAACAAGGAGAGCAUCGUGGACGUUGAGGGAGUUGUGAAAACGGUGGACCAGAAAAUUGAAGGCUGUACCCAGCAAGAUGUUGAGCUGCAUAUUGAAAGAAUCUUUGUGAUCAGUUUAGCGGAGCCUCGUCUGCCUCUGCAGCUAGAAGAUGCUGUGCGUCCCGAGUCUGAAGGAGAUGAGGAAGGAAGAGCUACUGUGAACCAGGACACACGACUGGAUAACAGAGUAAUUGACCUGAGGACUACAACAAGUCAAGCCAUCUUCCGAUUGCAAUCUGGCGUUUGUCAGCUUUUCCGAGAAACACUUAUUCAGAAAGGUUUUGUUGAAAUCCAGACUCCCAAAAUAAUAUCAGCUGCCAGUGAAGGAGGAGCCAAUGUAUUCACCGUGUCGUAUUUCAAAACAAGUGCCUAUUUGGCUCAGUCCCCACAGCUGUACAAGCAGAUGUGUAUUUGCGCAGACUUCGAAAAGGUGUUCUGCAUUGGUCCAGUAUUCAGAGCUGAAGACUCCAACACUCACCGUCACUUGACUGAAUUCGUAGGUCUGGAUAUAGAGAUGGUAUUUAAUUACCAUUACCAUGAGGUUGUGAUGGAUAUUGCUGACACCCUAGUACAGAUCUUUAAAGGACUGCAAGCCAGCACUCCUAACGAGAAACUUCUUGGUCGUCUAGUGAAAGAAAAGUAUGACACUGAUUUCUACAUUCUUGACAAGUACCCCUUGGCAGUGAGACCAUUCUAUACAAUGCCAGACCCACGCAAUCCUAAAUUGUCCAACUCCUAUGAUAUGUUCAUGAGAGGAGAGGAGAUUUUGUCUGGAGCACAGAGAGUUCAUGAUCCAGAACUGUUAACUCAAAGAGCAUCACAUCAUGGAAUUGACCUGGAGAAAAUCAAAGCAUACAUUGAUUCCUUCCGUUAUGGAGCACCUCCCCACGCAGGUGGCGGUAUAGGUCUGGAACGCGUUACUAUGCUUUUCUUGGGAUUGCAUAAUGUUCGCCAGACCUCCAUGUUCCCUCGUGACCCCAAGAGGCUUACACCUUAACAAAGACCUCAUGAGAAGCUCCCUCAUGUCUUAUGCUUCGUACUUACUGCCAUCAUUUUCACAUAUUCUGUACUGUAUUAUGCAGCAAAGUAAUCAGUGGUUUAUAAUAAAAAGUUGCAAGAUUUUUCUAAUAAUUGGGUACGCUAGGACCUAAAACUUUUGUACAAACAAUACAUACUGAGGCACUAAUUCAAUAAAACUUGAAAUUAAAAGGACAUUUUGCAUGCUACAAAUGCACUGUUUUAGUAAGGUUUGACACUGAACGUAUGAUAGUUUGAUUUUUAACUUAUUGGAAUGUUUGCACACUUUUAAGAUGAGCAACAAAACAGCCAGAUAACAUAAAACUAUAAUGGAACUUGCACAGUAAAGGCAUCUAGCGUGAAUUCGGGAGAUGGAGGACAGCUUGCAAUAAAUUUAAUCCUUCAGGUUA